AUGCUUGCCUUCUUCAAGCGCAAUGGCGGGGGGAAUAGGGGUGCCGACAGCGCUAGCGCGGCCGCGGAGCCUGCUGAGCCCGCUGAGCCCGCUGCCAACUUGGCACCCGCUGCGACGCUGGAGCCCGCUGCUGCUGGGCAACCGACGCCAGCGCCAGCCAACAGCCAAUUUGGCGUCGAGUACACACUGACCGAGGCCUUCCCGGACCUGCAGCCCGACAACAGCCUUGUUGACGCCCCAUCCACUGCAUUAUCACCACCACCACCACCACCACCACCGCCGCCGCCGCCACGGGCAGUCAAUAAUACUACUAGCAGACACAGCACCGGCACAGGCACCAGCAGCAGAGACAGCUCUACGUACGCCGACGACGACGACUCCUCGGACGACUCGGCCAGCCAGGUAUCUGUAUCGACCGUCACCACCUCGCCCACCCAGCACACUGCAGAAACCCCCCGCACGCCACCGCGGUCGCCCGCGCCCAGGUACAGCAGCACCGUAUCCGCAUCCGCCUCUCCGUCUCCGGCGCCGCCGACGACUCCCCCUCGCUCCAGGCGCACCCGCAACUCGCUCGCCAACCGCGCCCAGCCCGCCUUGCAUGCCGCCCGUGUCCAGCGAUCCGCCACCCUCAGCAGCAUCUCACUGCCCAAGCGGGACUCGCUGAAGGACCCGACCAAGACAAAGAGCUUCCAGCGCCACUCGUCGGCCAGUUCCCACGCCUCGUCCGACCCUGCGGGUGCCGCCCCUGACCAGAAGUCGGCCCUGUCCAAGAUGGACCACAAAUGGAUCAACGUCCAGCAAAAGACGUUUACGAAAUGGCUCAACACAAAGAUCGAGCCCAGGGGCAAGGAGGUCAAGGACCUAGUGGCAGAUUUAAGUGAUGGUGUCAUCCUCAUUCACCUUCUCGAGUGUCUGUCCAACGAGUCCCUAGGUCGCUAUGCCGCCAAACCCAAGAUGCGAGUGCAGAGGUUCGAGAACGCAAACCUGUCGCUCAACUUUGUCAAGUCGAGGGGCAUCCAGAUGACCAACAUCGGCGCCGAGGAUGUGGUGGACGGCAACCGCAAGAUCAUCCUGGGCCUGAUCUGGACCCUGAUUCUCCGGUUCACCAUCAGCGACAUCAACGAGGAGGGCAUGACGGCCAAGGAGGGUCUCCUCCUGUGGUGUCAGCGUAAGACCGCAUGCUAUGACGAGGUUGAUGUCAGGGAUUUCAGCACCAGCUGGAACGACGGCCUCGCCUUCUGCGCCCUGCUGGACAUCCACCGCCCCGACCUCAUCGACUACGACGCCCUCGACAAGUCGGACCACAGGGGCAACAUGCAGCUCGCCUUCGAUAUCGCCCACAAGGAGAUCGGUAUCCCGGCGCUGCUCGACGUGGAGGAUGUCUGCGACGUGGCCAAGCCCGACGAGAGGAGUUUGAUGACCUACAUCGCCUACUGGUUCCACGCCUUCUCCCAGAUGGAGAAGGUGGAGAACGCCGGCCGUCGUGUCGAGAAGUUCAUCAACAACAUGCAGGGUGCCUGGGAGAUGCAGAGUGCCUACGAAAGGCGGAUGGCAGAGCUGCUCCGGCAGAUCAGGGAGCAGAUGGAGGCGUGGCAACAGGCAAAGUUCGAAGGAACCUAUGUCGACGCCAAGAAGCAGGCCACCGAGUUUGCUUCCCACAAGAGAGGCAAGAAGAGGGAGUGGGUUGCCGAGAAGAGCGAGCUGGCGACCUUGUUAGGGAACAUCAAGACCAAGAUGGCUACGUAUCGCCUCAGGGCAUAUGAGCCGCCGCCAGAGUUGGGCCUGGCCACCCUGGACAAGGAGUGGGCAGGCCUUACCAAGGCCGAGAUGAUGCGUGGCCAGCUGAUCAAUGAGACCAUCAGAGAUAUCAAAAAUGCUCUCCGCAAGUCAUUUGCCGACAAGGCCAACGACUUCGCUCUCGCCCUAAACACAAUGCAGGUUGCCAUCUCUGGCUUGGAGGGCGAGGUGGAAGACCAGCUUCUCCAUGUCCGGAGGCUAUCAGACAACCUGCCACCUUUAGACGCUUACCUAAAGACCAUCGAGGCUGUCGAUGCAAAGUGCCAGGAGGCCAACAUUGAAGAAAACGACUUUACAACAUAUACUUAUGACGAGCUGUCAUAUGAACUCGGACUGGUCAAGUCAUCCGUUUCUAAGAAGCUCGCCUUCCUCGAGAACCAGAUGGUCGCACGGAACAUGACAAACCUGACACCUAUCCAGCUCGAAGAGUUUGAAUCCGUCUUCCGUCACUUUGACCGCGACGACACCAACUCCCUGUCGGAGCUGGAGUUCAGCGCCGCCCUGGCGUCUCUAGGUCUGGUGUUCUCCGAGGACGAGAUGCACGACUACUUCGUGGACACGGCACGCGGCCGCGACCGCGUCUCGUUCGAGCAGUUUAUCCGCUUCAUGGUCGACGUCACCGAGGACCAGAACACGGCCGAGCAGGUCUUCCAGUCGUUCCGCGAGGUCGCCGACGGCAAGCCCUACGUCACCGAGAUGGAUCUCCGCCACUCGCUCGUGCCCGACGAGGUCAUCGACAAGCUCAUCGAGAUCGUCCCCGAGCACAAGGGGCCCGACAUGGCCCAGGACCGGGGCGUGCCGCAGUUCGACUACAUCAGCUUCAUGGAGAAGCUCAUGAGCGACCAAGGCGCCGGCGGGAGCGCCGGCGGUGUCCUGUCGGAUAUCACCAACGGGAACGGACGGAGCAGCCCGACGAAGAAGGUCAACGGCGUGCAUUAG